GAAUAACCAUUAGCGUACCUAGUGAGGAAGCGGUUCCAAUUUGUUUCGCUUCCUUGCUCGCUGCGUAGUCGCCACAAACGGGCUUCGGGUCGAGGGGGCCCGAAAUCCCGAACUCGCACAGACUUCUGCAGCGGAGUGGCUGCUCCGUCGUUGCGCUAAACAGCGGUUUGCCAUGCUGAACGUCCCUCAGAGCAUGAGUGUGUAAGUUAUACAAGAAGCAAUGACCCAGCGCAGGUCCGAAAGCCCAAAACCCCCACCUGUUGGAUCGGCACGAUGGCAAGUGGUCGGCAGCUGCUCCAACCAAUGCGCGUAUGAGGCAACGGCCUCUUUACAUCCAUCAUCGGCCUGCACAGGGGAAGUCUGCGGUCCCUUGGGAGGCUAGGAGGGCAUGGGGGACAAGGCCACACGCGGGACAACGGCUAAUGGGUGGGGAUUGGGGAAAGGCCCUCGUGCGGCCUCGUGGUCCAGGUCCAAACACCAAUUUGCCUUGCUGAACAGGGGAGGGUGCGUGCGGCUGCGCAGGAGGGCCCUGGUGCGCUGGCGGCGGCGAUAGCGCGUUAGCUUCGCCGACUUCACUGCUGCGCUUGGAGCGGGGCUGCGGGGCUGUCUGUCGCCGCUGCUGCCGUGUGUGGUCCGAGUGCUGGUGCUGCGGGAGGACUCGCCGCCCGUACGUGUCGGCGCGACGGCGCCGCGGUCGCAGUCGUCACGCACGGGCGCGCAGCCGGCGGGCGCCACUGCCGCCGGCGCUGGGCGCCAUGCUCCAGUCGCCUCCGGCGUCGCGGCCUCUGCAUGUGAUACCAAGCAAGCACCCGCGCCAGCCAGGGCCCCGUCGGCAGAUAGAGCUGGCGCUGGCGCCAGCAGCCGGUCCGCCUUUCCGUCAUCACCCCGACCUCGCCGAGGUGGCCCCGCCGGCGAUGAUGGCGGCGCAGCAGUCGGCCGCGGCGGGGGCUGCACCGCCGCCGCGUCGUCCGGCAGCCGGCGGCCCUACCUGCUGCUGUCAGCAACGUCAACAAGCUGCUGCAGUCCAUCAUCGCAGCAGCGAUGACGACGACGCGGACUUCGAUGAGGGCGUCCUGUUCAUCAUGCGGACCGUUAACCGCAACCGUUGGCUCAGGACAGGGCGGCGGCGGCGGCGGCGGGCGCAGGUUUUGGCGGGAGCGGCGGCGGCGGGCUCGGCGGCUUAGGAGAGCUGCUGGGUGAGAUGUCGGCGGGCAUGGGGUUGCUUGCUGAUGGGGGCCGUGCGUGGGCCGCUGCUGGGGUGCGGGAGGGGAGCAGCGCCAGCGAAUAGUGCAGCAUCCGCGCCGGCGGCGUCGGGGGUGGGAGGGGGGUUGGUCCGUUGGCGGCGCUGCAUCGAGGCGUGGCAUUGCCGGGGCAGCAGCUGGCGCCAGGCGCGCGCAUAGCGUCAACGGCCGCUGCUGCGGCGGCGACGGCAGCGGCUGCGGCUACCCAGGGCGUCAAUGCAGUUUGUGACCCGCUGUGCGCCGAGUCGAGCACUCGGGCCGAACAGACGGCGAUGACAAGUAGAGCGGAAGCAGGUAGAAGGACAAAAGCUGCUGAGGGCGUUAAGUGGUUACAGCAUCUUUGUGGUGCGCUCCAGUGCUCUUCAGUGCGGUGGCAGCUGCGCUCAGGGGAGGGCCUCCCCUGGCUGCGCUGUUACGCGAAGGGGGCCCCGGAAUGAAUGAGCCGCGCAAGCUGCGUGUGUGCGUGUGAUGUUGAGAGCUCGCCCUUUGGCCGCUGCCUUUAUGGCGCGAACUGCACACCGGCCGGCCGGCGGCACAGCGGCAGAGUUUGGAGGCAAGCGUGCGCCUGCACUCCACACCACUUGCACUGGAAGUCAUGCGCGCCCACGCCCACAAGCAAGGACACUCCGGGACGCAGUCUGCCGGCCUCGGCGUCGGGUGCGCCAGCCUCCUGCCUCCUGCGUCCUGCAGUAGGGCAUACCGUACGGGGGCGUGGUAGGGGUCAAGGCAGUUGUGUUUCCAACUUUGCAUGUGCCCUGGGCUGCAAGUCGGGUGGGCACGGGUGGGAGCCACACACAUCGGGACUACGCUUUCCUGCCCCUUGCCAUGUUCCAUCACGAGUGCCCUGGGCUGCAAGUCGUGGGCUGGCGGCUUCCCCGCCUCAGGUGUGAGGGUACCUUUGAGCGGCCAAGCCCUGUAUUCGUGUAGGGCAUGGUGGGCCAUAGGGUUGGGACCCGGGGAGGGGCCCGUGCAAGGCCUGGAUCCAAUAUCAGGCUGCAUGGGACCUGGUCAAAACGUGUUGGGGACGUCUUCGGGACCCCGCCCAAAAACUUCCGACCACACAUUGGUGGUGUAGUUAGAGUAAUGUAGGACCUUUGACUUGGUGGCCGAGGGCCACAGGGCCCGCUGUACGACUUGUGAACUACCGACGCAUUUACUGAGCCAAUGUCGCGAAUUCCGUAACCCCACCAGCAACUUCAGCAUAUCUCUAGUUCAAUAAAAGAGGUAUCUAUUCGGGAGGUGCUCUGGAGGCGCAGUGGGGCGUUGCGGGACGUGCGAACGACGGUGAGAAGGGGGUAAUCGACCGCUUGCGCUCUAAGCGCCAGGCCGCGUCAGUUAAAAAAACGCUCUAUUUA